AGUAUGGAGUAACAACAGUCUAUUUAAAUAUACAGAUAACGGCAUAAGUUCAGGAUCGUACGAUGAAGAUAAAAUAUCACCUUAUAUACCAUAACCAUCUAUAUCAUUACCAGAAACUGUACAAAAUAUUAACUAUGGAUAAAUGGAUAUUUAGAAUUUUGCUUUAUAUAGUCACAAGUUUAUUUCGGACAUCCAGUGGAUUUAUCGUCGGUAUAGAUUCUACAAGCAGUAAAUAUCGUUGUCCAGAUUCUGUUGCUCACGGUAAAUACUUACAUACCUUCCAGGAAAAAUGUUACGAGUUUGUCAUAUACGAAGGAAAGUACUGGAAAGAUGCAAGAAAUGACUGUACGAGAAAGGGAGGGGAUCUUGUUGUAGUGGACGAUGCUGCUAUACAAACAUUCCUGGUCAAUACCCUGAAAUCAUUGGGCAGCACUAAGGACGGGCUUUGGAUGGGACUGACAGAUAUACGCCACGAAUUACACUGGGAAUGGGUCAAUGGAGAACCAUUGCAAGGAUAUAACAAUUGGGCGCACCUUCAAGGGGGUGCUAACUUUUUACACCUUACACAGGACUGUGCUCAAAUUCGAAUGGACGAUAAUGGACUUUGGCAUGAUAGAGAAUGUCAUCUUUGGCCAAAUAAGUUCUCUUACAUUUGUGAAUAUGAGAUGUCUACACCUUUAACACAAAAGACGUCGACACUUUCAACUCCACUAUCAACAACAGUGUUCGGAUAUGAAACAACUACCUCCUCCACCAAAUUAUCUACGUCGGCGUCUGUAUCGUUUUCCUCAAAAUUACCUACCACAUGGCAUAGAUCAACUUCCUCAAAAUUACCUAACUCGGCGUUAAUAUCGACUUCAUCAAUAUAUUUUACCGAGAGAGCUUCGUUACAUACAUCGACGAGCAUAUUGAUGACAAAAAUUAGUACUGGUAUCAACGCCUCCGGCAAAACGAUUAAAUCACAGGAAAUCAUGAACACUACUUCCGACGCUGAGAAAACAUUUGAACAUUUGACUGAACCAACAACGAAUACGAACAAAGGUGCCUUACACCAUCCCUCCAGUCCAAUAUCGGGCUCUUCACAAGUAUCUACCACUAUAAUUACACAGAAGCCAAUAAUUUGUUCGGAGUUAAACUGUGUUGUGUCGUGUCCUAAUGGUUAUUCCGGUGUAUAUGUUGGACUUGACGGCUGUAUCAACUGUAGAUGUAACUAAAUUAUUAUUCUCAUAAUACAAUGUACUUUUCUUUAUGGACAGACUCAAUAAAAUCGUGCAAUCGUCCAGAUUUUUUUUGGUGUUUGACUUGAGUGUAUUUAACGAUGUAAAGAUUGCAUGGGGUCAUGCUUUAUAAUCAUUGUCUGUUUUAUAAUUUUCAAACCCUGUAGUGACUUCGAUUGUUGAGAAAAUGUCUAGGACUCAGCCGAAACACUUUAUAAUAUAUAUUCAGUGUAUGUAUAUUCAGUCACGAACCUAAUGGUGUUAACCUUACAUACAAACCCUUAUUUGAUUAUUUCUUUGGACAAGGCGCAGGACGUGAAGUACUUGCAUACGUGGUUCAAGCGAGCAAAAUGCAACUACCGAGUCAUAAAUAUUAAUAAGGCCCGCACGUAUUUUCUCCAUGUACGAUGGUUUGAAUGUUAUUUUUGAAAUUUUUAAAUGUGCUCAUUCCCUAUGGCAAUGUCUAUAACACACUCGGGUCUAAGUUUCAGGUGACUAACUUCUGAUUUGACGAAGAUUUGACAAGUGACUUUUCUGGUCGGGUUUUCUACUUUAAGUUUUGAAGUUCAUCAAACAAGACUGUAUUAUACAAUUAUUGACUAGUGAGCCAUUGAAUAUGGCUAUCGCCUCGGUCAAUAUGUCAUCUGCCGGUGAAUAUCACAUCAUAUUCAAUGGCUCACUAAUCAAUAAUAGUUUUAUUAUAUGAAUAGGUUAAGAAUUUAAAAAAGCACAUAAAAAUACAACCUUAUAUACAUGUACAAAUUUUGCCUCGUUGAAGCGCGGGAAAAAGAAGCACGUGUUAGGCAUACAUAAUUAGUUCAAGUUUAUACUCAUCAUUGUGCUGUAGCCUUUAAGUAUAAUAGUAAAGUAAUGAUAUUUUAAUCGAGAAAUAUGCCCAAAAGAAAACCGCAACACUAAUUUUUUAAUUAACACGCGUAAUUAACAGUUUACGGUGGUCAUUAAAUACGAGUCUCAAUCUAUUUUUAGACUGGGAAAAUCCAAUUCAGCCAGUGAAUAUGAUUUUAUAAAAAGUUGUGUUGACUACUGUUUGGACCAAUGAGAUUGCAGCUAUAUUUAGAUCAUAUAAUAAAACUGUUUAAAUUUGCAUGCCUCAAAUAAAGUUAAAAUAUACAGAAAUAUAUUGUUCGUUAUAAAGUUAUAGCCCGUUUCAAAAGUAUAAUCAGACAACUUGUCGGUGAUUUUAAAAUAAAUAGAACGCUAUGAUAUUAUUAUUAUUAUUAUAGUGAACUGCACAUGAUUUGUAUUUUGGUCUGAUUGAUAUUAAUUAGAAAUUUAAUAUCAGUAGCAUUUAUGCCUACGAUUUUAUCUCUUAGAGCUUUACUAAGCUAUUGUCAAUCAGUAUAUAUAAAAUUAUAAAGAUAAAUCUUCUUCCGGUUCCUCUGCUUGGACUCCUGUUUAUAACCAUAUUUAUGUUUAGUUUUGCCUUAGAAGGGAUUAUUUUUGGUAUGCCAAACUUGAUUUUUAAUCCUCAUUUGUAUCACUUUCGACGGGAAAUAUUUUCGGCAAUUUCACCAUACUAUCAUAUUUUCGCGAUUUGGCAUCUUUCGACUCAGUGCGAAACAUCAAUAUAGCAUAACCUAGCUACAUGUUUGUGUUCUCUUUAAACGAAAAAAGUAUAUAUUCUGUGUGCAAAAUAAAAACGCUAUGCAUAGAUGAAUAUCACUAUAUGAUACAGUACAGGAAGCGUACAACCGUAACAUACAAUGAUUCAGAUAGUAUGUUUAAAGAUAGUCAAGUUUAAAGAGUGUAGGCCUACAUAAUUAGUGUGUUAUACAAGAUGAAGGAAGUUACUUUAUGUUCAUGGUUUCUGUGUUUUAUGUUGUUGGCAUCUUCUGUUGAAGGUCUUCAAUGUCCAUCAUGCACAUACCUGACAUCAGACGCUGAUAUACCUGCCUUAGUUAGAACUGCAAUAGAUACUGUACUAAACUUAUUCCAAGAGCCCAAAUGUGCAGGAGAAUUAAAAGGACCAGUACCUGAGAUAAAGGAAGAGACUUGUGAGGAGACAAGUGGACAAGUAGCAAGAUGUAGUUACUACAAAGGUUCUGUCACUAUCACAAUACCGCUACCUUUAGUUCCAGAUAUCAAUGUACCUUUACAGAUGUAUCAGAGAGGUUGUUACCAUUCCAAACCUGCAAACGUCCCUUCUAACGGCUGUCAUAACAGGGACAAUAUAAACGAAGAUAAAACUGUCAUUAAACAAAUUCUUGAUAAAGCUUCGUCAACAUUUGAGAGUUAUGAUGUGGCUAAGUUUACAGGGGAAAUGUGUCUAUGUACAGACACAUACUGCAGGGAUACGUCCGCCGCCAAUCAACGUGCACCAUUCAAUAUCUUACUGUUGUUGGCAUGUGUACUUAUUUAUCUUGUUUUUGCAAUAUAAUAACAACACGUGAUUGAUCACUGUUGAUGACUUUUUCACUGUAUUAUAUUAUCUUAUAAAUGUGUAAAAAUAACCAUUCUAUGUAUAAUGAUAUAAAUCACACAAAAUAUUUAUAACAAAGAUUUUGUAAGUCACAGCGCGAAGGAUUUUCAAAUUCUGAGUUGAUGCUCCAAUGUAAAUGUCUGUUAUUUGUUUAGGACAAUGGAGUGUUUAUCUGAAUCAGCAGAAAUUUUACAAAUUUUGACGCCUGAAGUGCCUCAUUUAUGCUUCUAGUUCGUAUACCUGCAUAUAUACACACCCACUACUGUGAUUAGUAUGUCUUCUUUCUUUGUUAUCUCUUUUGUUGUGGGGAUAAUUUAAUUCAGGAUAAUGGUUCAAGCAUUUUCCCCAACAAUAAAGAUCUAGUGGUUAAUUUCUUAUUUGGUCACAUUAUAGUAUUCCAUUGUUUUCGUAUUGCAGUAUAUUGACGGAAAUUAACUUGAAACUAUUUUAAAAAAACUUUAUUUUCUUUCAUUUAUAUUAUGACUUGUACAAAGUUUAAAUCUAUUGUCCGGAAUGCAUGAGUAAUUGUCUAGCAUGAAUGACUGUUGCAUGUAUAUUCUUGUAAACAUGUUCUUUAAUCAUACUUUUAUAAACUAUACAGUUUUAUCAUGCUGUAGAUAACCUAUUUCACAUGAAUAUCUUUUGUUAUUGUGAUAUUACAAACCACGGCUUUCAUUAUAAUUAAAGCCGGGUACAAACAUAUCUCAAAUAAACAUGGUUUGUUACAUAAUUUGCACCCCAAUAAAUGUAUAAUUUUAGCAGUGUUAAAUCGUCUUAUGAUACUCUAAAUAGAUGAUUUUGAAUGCGUUUUUGGAUCAUUGAAUUAGUAAGUUCCACAUAUUUUCUUAUAUCUAUUAUAAAUAUUAAAUCACGUUUUAUGCACUGUAUACGAAGAUUCUUUUGUCAGAAUCGAAUGCAUUAUUCAGGAUCUUUCAAAUUUGACUACAAGAUCCUGAAUUAAUGCGUUAAUGCAGUAAUGUUCAAGUGAAUGACUUAAAUUCACCAUCACAUCCAUAAACUAUUCUAAAUCUUAUGGUUAUAAUUUAAAUUACACCUGAUUGUUAAUAAAGUUGUUGAAUACUGAUAAAA